AUGCCUUCGGAGAAAAAGAAGUGCGCCUUGCCUCUGCCUGAAGGUUUAGAUUUCACCACUCGACCAAAAGAUACUUUGGUUGAAGAUUUAAGAUACGCGCUUGAACAUGCAAAAGAGUUAUAUGCUGAUAUAGCAUGGGAAUUCACUUUGGCGCCUAGUCCGACUAUCAUCUAUGCACACAAAGCCAUUUUAUAUGCUCGAAGUUCACGAUCAUUUCAAGAACGUUUCUUGAAAAAUAAGGAUGCGAAUGGAAUGUCUAUACGGUCCAUGCGGUUAUCCAAUACGGACCCGGUUACAGUGAAGACUGAUGCGGAUCCAUUCUUAUUUAGACAAGAAUUAAAAUUUUUUUAUACUGCUGAAGAAGGCAGUGAAGAUUUUUUACAAGCCGUCGAUACUACAGAUGAACUCGAACAAGACAAGCUAAAAGAUGAUUUAUUAUACAUGCUUAAAUCAAAAUUAUAUACAGAUGUCGAGUUGAUAUUAGAAUUUAUGGAGGAUGAUCUUGAAAUUAUUGAUGAGGACGAAGAUGAGGGAGUUUUCAAACCUAUAGUAAUUAGAGCCCAUCGUUUUAUGUUGUCAUCAAGGUCUGAAUAUUUCAAAAAAAUGCUUAGCUCUGAUUUCAUUGAAGCACGUAAUUCCGCUAUCAGACUUGAUGCGUCAAUUUUUAAUCCAACUUCAAUCAAUUUGAUUCUUACUUUCAUUUAUACUGGUAAUCUUUCAUCUUCUUCAAAACCUUUAACUUUAGAAACUUGCGAAUGGGUGUGGAUUGGUGCGGACUUUUUAAAUAUAAAAAUCCUUUGUGAAGAAUGUAUUUAUCGUAUUGCAACGAAAGUGCAUUUUUUUAAAUGUACCUGUGGUGAAUGUCAAAUUGUUAUGCCUAGGGUGGCGGCAUUUGCUAAAGAGCACGAUGUCGAGAAAUUAUGGAAAGGAUGUCUACAUGCUUUAUCUCAAGGAUUCGACAGCAUGUGGCCUAAUAAAGAGUUUGCAAAUCUUGAUGAGGAUACUAGAGAGGAAAUUCUCAUGAUAUUACUUGCAAAUAUUCAAAGAAAUAAUGUCAUUGCCACCUUCAAAGGAUGUCGAAAUAUUAUUUCUGUAAUUGACAUAAAAGGGAUAGGUCUGCCUUGGAUAGAGACUGUUCGUCGUAUGACUAAUGAGGUUAGAUCAUAUGCGGCUAAAAUUUUGGUUGAUAAUUUCGAGCAAAUUUGUGAUGAAGAUCAAGAAUUUUUAAAUUGUGUGGAUGGUGUUGGAUUUAGUUCAGAUAUUUUAGAGGACAUUAUGAAUAUAGUAGUUGAAGAAAGUUUGACGGAACAAAAUUCUGCACGCAUCCUCAAAUGUAUUACUGGAAAAUUAUUAACUAGACCUGCUGUUUUGAGUGCGGAGAACGUAGAAGCAAAAAGAUUGCUUACACAGUCAAAACAGAAUGUCUUUAAUUAUAUGAAAAAACGAUGGUUAGGAGUGAAACAGUAUGGUGGUUUCAGGCUACUAAGUCCAUGGUUAUUGGACGAAUUUGUGAAAGAAAUUGUGAUCCCUAAUGAUGUCAAAUCUUCCGCUGAAUCAUCAACAACUAGUAAUGAGACAGAAAAAACUACGCGAACUACUGCAACUAAAAGGGUAAAAAAUGUACGCAUUGUUGGUGAUACACCUAUGUGGGAUCGACCAACUCGUGCUAGUGUUUUACGUCAAAAGGCAUUGGCAGAAUCUUCAGCAAAAAAUCCUGUAAAGCCGCGGAUAAAAAGUACGUCAAUACCGCCGAAGCCUUCUCUUCGAGUUCCCAAGACAUCUCCUGCUACACCAAGAGGACGGUCUACUACCAAACAAGCUACAUCUGCUACCUCGUCACGUACAAGUUCAAUUUCUUCUGCAAAGUCAGUUAAUUCACCAUCCGUAUCACCAUCACGAUUUAACGGUGUACGACAAACUCGUUCUAGCAUGUUAAGACAACUCAAAUAUGAUGAUGCUCAACAGCGACGAGGUCGCGAGCGAGAACGAGAUGUUACACCAAAAUCUUCUAGAGCCAGUUCUAUUGCAUCAACUUCGUCAGUCACAACGACCUCCUCUUCUCAUCACAAAAGGAACCGCUCUCCGUCUAUAAUUUCAACCACAUCUAGUUCAAAUGGAGUCAUUACCAGCUUGCAACCUAAGCCACAUCAACUUAAAUUGGCUACUAAUCCUUCUGCAGACAUUUCUGUAGGAAGACGUAUAAUACUUCCAACAAAGAACAAUGCUCCAGGCUGUAUACAAUUCCUAGGUGAAACCGAUUUUGCUAAAGGAAUCUGGGUGGGUGUAGAAUUAGAUAACCCUGGUAAGUUCUAG